GUAACUGUAACGGUAUAGCAGCACUUCUCACAACGACGAGCCUCUUUCAUUGCAAUGGACGUGAUCGUGCUACUAAACAACACACUGCAAAGCAAGUUGCACCAGUCGAAUAUCAAAUGAAUGUUACAGGAAAGGCUUCGAGUGCGUCAUGUGGGAAGCCUUCUUUGCCGCCAUUUUGCUAGUACUAGCAAUUCUAUUCGUGGGUCACUACAGUUGGGAAAACUCAUCGUACGUGAGAAUUAUUGAUCGGAUUCCAGGACCGAAGAAGAAGCCUAUUUUCGGAAAUGCUACGGCUCUACCAAAGGAAAUUGAUGAAAUCAUGCAAACAAUUCAAGGCAAGUGGGUGAGGCAAUUUGGCCGUAUUUAUCGCAACUGGCUUGGAUUUCGACCUUUCGUACAGAUUUCGUCGCCUGUUUUCAUGGAGAAAGUUUUGGCGAGUCAGACCUUCAUCGAAAAAAGUACAUCUUACAACAUCCUCAAGCCGUGGCUCGGUGGAGGGCUUUUGCUGGCUUCUGGGGAUAGGUGGAGAAAGAACCGUCGCCUUCUCACUCCGGCAUUUCAUUUCCAGAUUCUUGACAACUUUUUUGAUGUUUUCAACAAGAAUGCCGACAUUCUCUGCCAGCAACUGGCCGAGGCUAGUAUCUCAAACGAAAGACAGUUCACUGAAGAGGUUGACGUCUUUCCUUUCUUGAAAAAAUGUACACUAGACAUAAUCUGCGAAGCUGCUAUGGGCAUUACGAUCAAUGCGCAAUUAGAAGAUUCGCAAUACCUUCAAGACGUUCACAGGAUAUCGGAGAUUGUUGUCGAAAGGUUCUUCUCCUCGAGUAGUUUUCUGCCCGACUGGCUGUAUAAUUGGAUGCCACAUGGAAGGGAACAUGCGAAAAUAUUGGAACGUUUACACGGUUUCACGUCUAAGGUUAUUCAAGAAAGAAAACAUGAAAUUGCUCAUGGUCGACUGGAAGGAGACGUUAACGGAGAGAAUUUAGGCACAUUAAAGAAAAGAAGGGCAUUCCUCGAUCUGAUCCUUAUGGCUGUCAAGGAUGGAGUGGAACUUAGUGAUGUUGACAUCCGCAACGAAGUCGAUACUUUCAUGUUUGAGGGCCACGAUACUACUGCUGCUGCUCUCGUUUGGUUUCUUUAUUGUAUGGCUAUGAAUCCAGAGUAUCAGGAGUUGGUACGGCAAGAACUGGAGGAGGUGUUUGAAGAUUCAGAUCGUUCCUGUACGAUUGAGGAUGCAAACAAGUUAAAGUACCUCGAAUGCUGUAUCAAAGAAUCGCUUCGACUGUAUCCUGCGGUGCCAAACAUAAUUAGAAACGUCGUGGAGGAUUUUGAGUUGGGGGGACACAAAGUCCCUGCCGGGGCUUCUGUUUCUAUGCAAAUUUACGCACUUCACAGGAACGGAGAUUAUUUUAACGAUCCCCAUUCUUUCAAACCUGAACGUUUCCAGGUGGACGAAAGUAUUGGCAGACAUUCGUAUGCUUUCGUCCCGUUUAGCGCUGGACCUAGAAAUUGCAUAGGUCAGAGGUUCGCCAUGUUUGAAGAGAAAGUUCUUGCCUCGUCUUUGCUUCGUCGAUUCCGGUUUUCCUACUCUGUGGCUAAACAUGGGUCACCCAGGGCAAACGCUGAAUUGGUACUUAGACCUAGGAAUGGCAUGCCGCUGAAGCUCGAUUCUUGUUCGCGCUGAGUUAACUGUUCUUUCUCGUUUUGUCUGGGGAUCAAACUGGAAAACAGGUGAACCAAAUUGACGCAUUGCUAGUUAAGAUUGUUUUGGGAUACUGAGCUUUGUUCCUAGGUAAUACAGCAUUUAUGUA